CAGUCCCAGGACACACAGAUAGAGACUCAGUUAACCAGUUCAUAAGAACCAAAUCCACAGCCAGCGCGGAAUUCCUCCCGGAACCUGGGACCUUUAUAAAGCGGCAAGCGCAGCCUCUUCUCCAGCGUCAGCCCCAGAGCUCCGGCUGCCAGCAUGAGGCUCCAUCACCUGCUCCUCGCGCUCCUCUUCCUGGUCCUGUCUGCUGGGUCAGGAUUUACUCAAGUAAUAAGAAGUUCUAUAAGCUGCCGUUUGAAUUUUGGCACCUGUGUGCCGUUCCGGUGCCCUGGACGCAUGAGACAGAUUGGCACCUGUUCCGGGUUUGGAGUAAAAUGCUGCAGAUGGAGAUAAAAGAAGGCGACGAGGUGGCCAGGACCGAUGCGGAGUCAGAAACUGCACCCUUCGACAGAGCAUCUAAAAUUGAAACCAGAAUAAAUUUUGUUCAAAAUUAAAGAAUUGCCCACUGGUCACUGA